CACAUCAUCGUUUGAAUCCAUCCAACUAGUCGUCUGUCAUCCCUUCUACUUGUUCCUCUACCCUGCUCUGAUCACCUUUUUUCUUCUCACAUUUGCUUUUCUUGUCAUUUGAACUACUUCCAUUCAUGACAUUGCUCGGUCUCGCUACAUGGCCAAAGCGCUUGCCUUCGCUUCUACGCGCAGCAGCGGUACAUAAGCACACAGUGUUGGCCACACACAACAUUCAUGCUUCAAUGCUGCAGAGAAUGGUUGGCCCUUGUGCAACUAACGUUGUUACCCAUGCUUUCCGCAACGACAAGCGAAGUUAUUCUCAACCGGCGUUAGCGACUGAGGACGAGGAUUUGGUCAUACCCACUUCAACCGACCCAAACCAACAACAGAGUAGAAGAACCAGGAUCCAGGCAAAAAUUGCAGAAAUUGAUCAAGAACGACCAUUCUCUAGCGUACUGACCGACAACUUCUCAAGACAACACACAUAUCUUCGCAUAUCUCUCACAGAAAAGUGUAACCUGCGAUGUACUUAUUGUAUGCCUGCAGAGGGUGUAGAACUUUCACCUAAGGAUAAUAUUCUCACUACUCCCGAGAUCAUUCGUCUGGCGCGUUUGUUUGUAAAAGAAGGUGUGACCAAGAUUCGAUUGACUGGAGGCGAGCCCACUGUGCGAAAGGACAUCAGCGAGCUAGUUGAGCAACUGGGCGAGUUGCAACCACUGGGCCUCAAGACCAUUGCCAUGACAUCCAAUGGUAUUGCACUCAAGCGUAAGCUACCAUUUCUCGUUAAGAGCGGUUUAAAUUUACUGAACCUUAGUUUGGACACCCUUGAUCGCUUCAAGUUUGAGUUGAUGACUCGCAGGAAGGGAUUUGAGAGAGUCAUGGAGACUAUUGACGAUGCACUGGCAUUAGGGCUGGACCCUGUCAAGGUCAACAGUGUGAUCAUGCGAGGAACAAAUGACAAGGAAGUGCUGGAUUUUGUUGAAUUCACGCGGCAUAAGAAGGUUGACAUACGGUUCAUUGAAUAUAUGCCAUUUGGAGGCAACAAGUGGAAAGAGAAUAAGUUUGUACCAUAUCAAGAGCUAAUCAACAAUAUCCGUGCUGUCCACCCAACCUUUAAGAAGCUUGUAGACGAUCCUAAUGAUACAUCAAAAGCAUAUCAUGUACCGGGUUUUGCUGGUCAGGUUGGAUUUAUCACAUCCAUGUCAGAUCAUUUUUGCGGGACUUGCAAUCGCCUUCGUAUAACAGCGGACGGAAAUCUGAAAGUGUGUCUCUUUGGAAACACUGAAGUGUCACUCAGAGAUAUGAUACGUCAAGGCAAAACAGAUGAAGAGCUACGCGAGGUGAUCGAGAUCGCUGUCAAGAACAAGAAGAAGCAACAUGCUGGCAUGUCGAACCUUGUGCACAUGAAGAACCGGCCCAUGAUCCUUAUUGGCGGCUAGAUUGUUAUACAUAUAUAAUUAUAGUAAUAAUCAUAAUACUCAAUAAACCAUGUACUAUUUACCUGUGAUGGAG